CAUUCUUAUCAAUCUAGGUACCAUUGUACCAAGAAUCCUCAACCAAUCACAGUUUUUCUUUAGCAUAUACCCAGAAAGAAAAAUAAAAAAUCCCAUUUUUUUUUUUGGAGUACAAUAUUGCUUUUUGAUUGUUUGAUCUUUGAAACCCAGCCAUGAGGGCCUUGUAUACUAAAGCCUCCAUAUCUGUGCCCAAAUCCUUUAAACAACCAAAGUACUGCCACCACUCUCCCUCUCCUCUCAGACCACCAUUUCUGAGCUCUCUCCUCACUCCAAGAUUCCCAUCUCUGCAAAUUUCACUCCCACCACCGCAGACCCAGAGAGGAUCCUUAACCAGAGCGUCAAUGGCGUCUUCUCAGUCAUCGGGGACAGGCCAAGGGGCCGAAGAGCCCACCAAGUCAUUCUCAGUUCUCUUUGUUUGCCUGGGCAACAUCUGCAGAAGCCCGGCUGCUGAGGGCGUGUUCACGGAUUUGGUCAACAAAAAAGGCCUUCAUUCUAACUUCAUCAUUGAUUCUGCCGGCACUAUCAAUUACCACGAGGGUAAUCAAGCAGACCCAAGAAUGAGGGCUGCUGCUAAGAAACGUGGGAUUGAAAUAACUUCCAUUUCCAGGCCGAUUAGACCGUCUGAUUUCAAAGACUUUGAUCUCAUCCUUGCAAUGGAUGAACAAAAUAAAGAUGAUAUACUAAGGGCUUUCGAGAAGUGGAGCAGAAGAGAGGCAUUACCAGCCGAUGCACAUGAGAAGGUUCGUUUAAUGUGUUCAUACUGUAAAAAGCAUGACGAGACUGAGGUGCCCGACCCUUACUAUGGUGGACCUCAAGGCUUUGAGAAGGUUCUAGAUUUACUCGAAGACGCUUGUGAUUCGCUAUUGGACAACAUUCAGGCACACAAGGGUCAGAAGUGAGAUUCCAUGGCAAAAAAUCAGGAAUAUGAUGUUAUUCUUAGUUAUUCAUGGCAACAUGUGUAACAAAGUCAGAUAAUAAAUGGCCCUCUCCAGAUUUAAGAUUGCAGUUUGGUCAAAAACAGCAUAUACAAGAUGAUAGUAUUUGAAUCUCCAUCACAGUUAGCUGUUUGCUGUUUGCAAUUUGGCAUUAGACAGACCUUAGAAUAAAAAUUAUGACUUAUUCUCCUU